AACCCAUUUGCAAACAAUCAAAACUAAUUGGAGCCUAGAGCUUAAUACCCUUGCAAGGUUACUUUAUCUAUGGGCAAUACGUCUGGCAACGUGGCCACUAAUCACAGGUAGAGGGUGAAGACAAUUCAAAAGAAAGUUUUGCCGGCUUGGCAAGUCCCGUUAUCACUUUAUCAAGUCUUUAGUCCCACAAUUGUAGUUAAAAAUGUCGGACCAACCCCAUCAUCCAUCGGAAAAUUCCACCACUCAAGCCAAACUGAUCGACGGGAAAAAAAUCUCUCAAGACUUCCAGAAGGAGCUGAAGGUGAAGGUAGACGAAUGGGUCAACUCCGGUCACCGGCGCCCUGUCCUGAUCGCCGUCCUCGUCGGAGACGAUCCAGCGAGUCAGAAAUACGUCCAUAACAAAAUGCUGGCGGCCCGUAACGUGGGCAUCACCAGCGAGACCAUCCGCAUGCCCAAAACCUCCACCGAGGCGGAAGUCCUCGCCAAGGUGCACCAGCUCAACGAGGACCCCCAGGUGGACGGCAUCCUGGUGCAACUGCCGGUGCCGGAAGGCAUCGACGAGCGCAAGGUCUGCAACGCCGUGGACCCCCGCAAGGACGUGGACGGCUUCCACAUCCUCAACGUGGGGAAGCUCACCCUCAACAUGGACACCUUCGUCCCAGCCACGGCCUUGGGAGUCAUCGAGCUGAUCAAGCGCUCGAAUAUCAAGACCUUCGGAAAAAAUGUGCUUAUUUGCGGGCGCUCGAAGAACGUGGGGCUGCCUAUGGCGAUGCUGUUGCAUUCGGACGCGCGGAAUGAACUCUCGGGAGGGGAGGCCACCGUGGUGCUCUGCCACAGGAAUACGCCUCCAGAAGAAUUGGAGUUUUUCGCAAAAAGGGCCGAUAUUAUUAUAAGUGCUACGGGGGUUGUGGGGCUCAUUAAACCGAGUAUGAUUAAGCCAGGGGCUUGUGUUAUUGAUGUGGGCAUUACGAGGAUUACGACCCCGGAAGGCAAGAGUAAAAUUGUUGGAGAUGUUGAUUUUGAAGGGGUGAGCAAAAUUGCGGGGCAUAUUACACCGGUCCCGGGGGGCGUUGGCCCCAUGACUGUCGCCAUGCUCAUGCACAACACCUUUAAAGCUGCCAUGGAUCUUGCGAAAAGUUCAUAAGUAUUAUAUUUGUUUGGACAGUAUUGUCAAAUUAUUUAUUUUUUAAUAAAAAUUUAAAUCUGA